AUGAAGAAAUACAAGUGCGGCCACCCGUCCUGCAACAAAAACCCGUCCUUUGGAGAAAGUGGGACUAGAAGGGCACAGUUCUGUGCGGAGCAUGCACCAGAGGGCUUAGUCGACGUCAGUAGGCACAGGUGCAAGCACCCAGGCUGCGUUGUGAGUCCGAGCUUCGGUGCAAAUCCUUCGACGCGACCCGAGUUCUGUAUCACGCACGCGCGGAAGGGCAUGGAAAACUUGUCGAAAAAAGAGUGCGCCGAGAAAGGUUGUAUCAACCGUGCUCAUUAUGCCGAGCAGGGCACAAGACGCCCAAAGUUUUGCAGCAAGCACGCGAAGGUAAACAUGAUCGAUGUGCACAGCAAGAGGUGCUGCCACGAGGGUUGUACGAAAAAGGCGGCGUUCGGGAUGAGCACCAUCAGACGAACGGAGUUCUGUUCGCGACACGCGAAAGGAGAGAUGGUGAACUUGCACACCAAGAUUUGCAUCCACCCGCAAUGCACGAAAAGACCUGGCUUUGCCGUCGACGGCUCCAAGCAGGCAGCGUACUGCUCGCUGCACAAAGAGAAGGGGAUGAUAGUGAAUGUCUACAGAAAUGUCUGUCGUCACCCUGGCUGCAAGACGACUGCGAGCUACGGCGGCGAGCUUGAAAUACGGCCGGAGGUGUGUGCUAUUCAUGCUAAGCCCGGAAUGGUGAACAUACGCGUAAGGAGGCGCAACGCUCUUGCUGGAAUUUCUCACGGCGACAGCGGCAAGAGGGUCGCUAAGCGACCUCGCCAUCCUUGCGACGUCCCCUCGGUAUCAGGUCCAGUAAAAGAGGAGUUGUGCGAAGGGCGGCGACAGGAAGGAGAAAACCAAUAA